AUGACUGGUAAGAGAUGCGGCCUUGCACGAAUGGACGACCUGCCUUGUCAUCUGUUAUUCCAACAACCGCCAAUCAGCACUACUAAUUCGACUCAUCGUCAAAAAAGGUUCUUUUCAAAGAGCCAUAUUGAAGAGCGCACGAUGAAUGACAAAACGGCCACAUAUCCUGUACACUGCCAAUCAGUCUUAGAGAUUACGCACCUCAGUAAUCCAGCUGGCUAUUCCUAUUCACAUGCUCCCAGAACCCGGCUCGGUGAUCAACAGUCUGAUCCUUGCAGGCGAGCUCAACUUCAGAUAAACUAUUUAAACUCCCUAGCAGCCCGAGUGCCCUCUUUCGGCUCACUAGCUAGCGAUUUUCGCAGCAAGGAAGCCCUGCGGGCUUUACUAACCAACAUCGCCCGGGAAGCGCUUGAAAGACAUUCCAAGCAGCAUGGCUAUACGACUAGAGAUAAAACCAUUGACCUCAAAUGCUUUGGCAGUCUGCGGAAUGGUUUCGCAUUGCCUGGGGCUGACCUUGAUCUCGUAAUAACCGCGCAUGGAGAAGUGUUUCCAAAGGAUAUAGAAGCAAGGUGUCCCCAGAUUUUGUUUAAAGCAUUUCUUGAUGCCGGCUUCGAUACUCAAUUAAUUCAAAAGACCAGGAUUUCAAUCGUCAAAGUGCACGAACCUCCUUCCCAAGGAGUCUUAAACUCGCUCGAGGUUGAAAGCAGAGGACAGAAUAGUUACCGUUCUCCAAAGCAGGCUACAAAUCUGGAGGCUCUAUCUUCAGUAGACAUUCAAUGUGACCUCAAUUUUUCUGGGCGCUUGGUACUAUACAAUACCGAAUUACUUCGCUGUUACGCCCUAUGCGACGAAAGGGUGCGUGUUAUCGGUCUUUUCGUGAAGAUGUGGGCCAAGGCUCGAAAAAUCAAUCGUCCCAACUAUGGAACACUCUCUUCAUAUGGCUACAUUCUCAUGGUCAUCCACUACUUGAUGAACGUGGUAGACCCGCCUUUGGUUCCUAAUCUUCAGCUUCUGGGUCGGCUGUCCCCUAGACACUCCAGCAUUACAAAUCCUAGUAAGUACGAUAUCCGUUUUUUCAAAAAUGAGACCGAACUUAGGAGGAGAGCCUGGUAUAAUAUGACUUAUGGUAAUCGGCAAUCCGUGGGCGAGCUGCUUCGUGGCUUUUUCGCAUACUAUGGAAGCCGGUGCAAAACUACGCCCUCAGGCGCUUUCAACUGGAUCCAGGACGUUAUUUCAAUUCGCACGCAGGGUGGCAUCCUUUCCAAAAUGGAUAAAUUUUGGAACACCGCGAGGACUGACGAACACGGACAUCGACUCAGAUUCCUCAUAGCAAUUGAGGACCCCUUCGAACACAACCAUAAUAUAGGCAGAACUGUCACAGACAAAGGCCUGGAAUCUAUCAGAGCAGAGUUCUCCCGCGCUCAGAUCAUCAUACGUCGAGUUCAGGAAAUCCCAGGAGUCGGAUGGGAAUGGCGAACGGACAAUGGCCACAUAGACUUAUAUGGCCCUCGGCUGCUGCCCAGAAGCAGCGGACACAGCGCGAGAAUUUUCAUCGACAAGCUACUCUCGCUGCAAACAAGAUGCGACGAAUGUUGCAUAUUCCAGACGGCCAAGACCCAGGCACUUCUUACGGAGUGA